GCGCCAGGUUUACGAGUCACAAACACUUUUCUCGGAGGAAGCAUGAAGGACGCCGGAAAGAGCCACAAGGCGAGCGGAAAGGCGUCGCCGGAGACGCGGAAGGACCGGAAGUCGGCCACGGGAAUCAGCGGAUCGCCGAAGAAGGGAGGCCACGGAGGGAAGUUCACGUGGAUCGGCCACGGCUACGACAGCGUCGAGAUGGAGCACGGUGCUGUGGACGCCAGGGACCCUAACUUCGAGGAUCCGGCGGAGAUCGCCGCCGUCUGAUCGCGGCGGCGCUCCGCUCGCCUGCUCUGUACAUAGUAAAUUACGGAACGCGUUUUUCGAGUUCAAUAAAGCGGAACGAAUCGGAGGGAGGAGAAACGGAGUGCGUAUUCUGUGGUUCAUUUGUAUGGAUCUAUCGCCUUUCGUAGUAGCGAAGUAGUACUUGUGUUGUGUUGUUGUACAUAGCGUCUUGGAAAUGCAGUGAUAGUGGCACUCGCAUUUGCGAUUUCAUGUUUCUACGAGCUUCCCUUAUUGACGAGAAUUGAUCUUAGCCGAUGGAGUCUCUCUUUGUUUCACUCUCUUGAGACUUUUUUAUUCCUAUCGAAAA